GAUAAGCGGCUGUCUAGGCUUCAAGUCAGAGCUCCGUGCAGUGCCCACCACUCUCAUCAGAGGCGGUGCGAAGAACAUCAGCGGACAAAAACUCCCUCCUGUCUUACUUUAGAAAAAAAAAAACCAUCAAAGAUAACUUCACAUUUGUCUCUCUCUCAAAAGGAUGGCCCUUUCAAAAUUGGAGCUUAUUGGUUAUUCAAAAGUAUCAUCAUUAUUAGCUAAAAAAGCGAUGCUCUCGGAUAAUUCUCAAUGGCGGCACAGCCUUUUGUAUUAUGCAACUCCUAGUGCUUAAUUUGCAAAGUCUCAAUCUGGGUUUAAUGGGUAUUCGUCGUUAUUCAAGAACAUGCUUAUUGAAACCAGGUUUGCUUCGAAGCCUUCUUACUUGGCGCAGAGGUUGUCUUUAUGUACUUUUUUCAGAUUUAUCUGCUUUGCAAUUGGAAGACAAUGUGUCUCAUUAUAGUUCUAUGAGUGAAACGGAUAGCGACGUUGAUAAAUUUAUGGUACCAAGAAUAAAAUUUAAGAAUCCAAAGAGGUGUGAAUUGUCUCGACUUGUUGUGGAGCUUUUAAAGACUUUGAAUUGGGAGGUUGCUAGGCAAGUGAAAUUCUCAAAAUCCGUGAACGUCUAUGGAUUUUUUUAUUCAAUUAAUGCAUUUAGAACCAUUGUUCAUGUGUUUGCAUUGGCGGGCCUGCAGAGGGAAGCACAAUAUUUGCUCACAGAUAUUGUUUUUUAUUAUAAGGAAGAAAAUCUUAAUGUUUCAGGGUUGUUCUCCACAUUCUUGGAUUCACCAGAGUGUGUGGGAAGAUCGGCUACUGUAUUUAGUUUACUUAUAAAGGUUUUUGCAUCGAAUAAGAUGCUUGCAGAUGCGAAAGAUGUUUUUAUGCAGGCUAAGAAAAUUGGUGUUGAGUUGAAUAUUUCUUCGUGCAAUUUCUUGCUCAAGUGUUUAGCGGAAGGAGAUAAACUGGAAGCUGUUAGAAGUUUGUUUGAUGAUUUGAAGAAUUCUGGGCCAUCACCAAAUGUUUACACCUACACAAUUAUGAUAAAUUUUUACUGUAAAGAACGUCAUGGGCAGAAUAUAGAUAUGGAACAAGCAUCUCUGAUCCUGGAAGAAAUGGAGAAAAAAGGGGAAAACCCAACAGUUGUAACUUAUGGUGUAUAUAUCCAUGGUCUCUGUAGAGUUGGUUCAAUUGAGGAUGCUUGGAACAAGAUUCAGGAUUUGAGAAGUAGCAACCAGCCUCUCAACAUUUAUUGUUACAAUGCUCUCAUUCAGGGGUUUUGCCAAAAAGGCAGACCAGAUGAAGCCUUAAAACUUCUGGAAGAAAUGAAGGAUGAGGGAAUAUCGCCAGACAUUUAUAGCUACAGCAUUUUAGUCAAUGCCUUUUGCACGGAAGGAGAUAUUGAAUCAGGUAUGAAUUUAAUACAAGAAAUGGAGCAUUGUAAUAAGAAGCCACCCCUUGUUUGUUGCACCUCAGUCCUUAUGGGUCUUCGCACUAAAGGACUGGUGAACGAUUGUCUCAAUUUUUUCCAUGAGCUCAGUGCUAAAGGGUACAAGCAUGACCUGAUAUCAUACAGCACCUUAAUCCAUGGAUUCUUAAAGGGGCAUAAUGUGAAAUCUGCUAACAAUCUUGUGCACGAGAUGAGAAAGAAUGGCUUGGUUCCUGAUUAUAUCAUUUAUAUUAGCCUGAUUCGUGAAUACUGCAGAAAGGGGUGUUUAAAGGAAGCGCUAAAAAAUUUCUAUACAAUGCUACAGGAUGGUCUCCAGCCAGAUAUUAUCACUUGCAAUCAUAUCGUUGAUCAAUAUUGCAGCAGAGGGCAGUUUGAAGAAGCUUUGAUAUAUAUAAACCAAAUGAAAGAUCAAAAUAUUCUUCCCAACUCAUACACAUAUAGUGUAAUCAUAAACUGGCUGUGCAAGUAUCAGGCAGUGGAAAAGGCAUGGGAAGUUCUUCCUGUAAUGUUUAAGGACAACAUUUUCCCUUCUGUUAUUCAUUACACUACCAUUAUGGAUGGAUAUGCUAAACAGUUUAAAAAUCCGAUGAAGGCCUGGAAGUUGUAUCGAACAAUGCCAAAACUUGGGUGCAAACCAGACAAUGUGACACUUACAGUUCUUGUUGACAUGUUUUCCAAGAGAGGCAAAAUGUCUAAAGCACUUAAUCUGUUUAAGGAGAUGGCUGAAGAGGGUUUGAGCCGAGAUGAGUUUGCUUUCACAGCUAUUAUAGAUGGGUACUGUAGAGUUGGAAAUGUGAAAAGGGCUUGGUCAAUGUAUAAGAAAAUGAAGAGAAACAAUGUCACACCCAAUGUGAAGACAUAUACUUGUCUAGUUGAUGGAUUUUGCAAGUUAAAACGCUUGGAUAUGGCUACUAUGCUGAUUGAUGAUAUGAAGAGAAAUAGUGUCACACCCGAUGUGAAGACAUAUACUGCUUUAAUCGCUGGGUAUCAAAGAAUUGAAAAUAUAGAUAGAGCUUAUGAGGUGUUCGAUGAGAUGAAGAAGAAGGGUACCUUGCCAGAUCACAUUGCCUAUCUUACACUUGGACUGGGUGCUGAUGUGGUUACAGAAGAUUAGGUGAUGGAGGAGAUACGUGGCAAGGACCAGAUUGUAGGUUGUUGAGUAUCAAAUAUCUAUCAUAUAAGCAGAGUGCCUUGUAUUUAACUGAUAUCUGGUUAUCUCUCUUCCCAUUUAGAUUACAGCGUUUCAAAUAGAUUUGAAUCUUUUUGAGGUGUUGCUUUCAUGAAGAUCAACCCACGGUCAUUGUAUGGAGAGAUGAGAUAGGCACCUUGUUUAGGUGGGUGGACGGUCACCAGUUAUUAGCAAUCUGCAAAAGCAUGCUGGUAAAUAUUGUAGUUUAGGAGUAUAUGUCAUAUUAAGAUGCUGGUAUUUUCUGGAUUGUAAAAUUAUCACAAAAAUGAGAAUGGCUGUCUCACUCCUUGAAAUGUGUAAGCGUGCAAGCAACCUGCGAGGAUGCUUGAAUGAUUGCUAUCACAAAUUCACAAUGUUUGUUCAUUUUCA